AUGAACUAUGAGGCCAUGAAAAAAAUAAUUGAAGCAAGUCCAAUCACUCCAAUGCAGCCAGAGCUGUAUGACAGGAUAUUAAACUUGGUUCCUGACAAAUUGUUGAACAACCCUAACGUUAAAGAAUUGUCUGACCAGCUGAAGAAAGAAAUUGAUGAGGAUUUCAUUGAAACUAUUAAAAAAUUAAAUGUGGAAAGUAGUUUAAGGAGUACCACCAUAAAGAAAGAGUACACUCUGCUUAAAAAGCCUAACUCCUCCUCCAUAUCAUCGAGAUUGUUGAUGAGAAAUCUCUACAUCACGCACCAUGCAUGCAGACAGGUGCUCGCCAUCUCUUACGAUACCAUUGGAAGCAUGCUACUCCUUGACUCUUCAAAUUAUAGUAGGGCGCUGGGUUGCAGAACGUUCGAUGCCUUCAAGACAAUUAUAGUGAGAGAGUGCAAAUCACAAGAAGAUAUAGUCAAAACAAUCUGGUUCCAGAAGAUAGUGCACGUUAUAUCAGAGAAGAAAGAUGCCCACCUUAUCCAUCCAAAAAAAGUUGACAACUUUUUCAACUGCCUCGCUAGUCUCAUGUCUCAAAAAAUAAGUGACCUGUUGACUCGAUCCAUCCAGUCUUGGGUGGAUACGUUCGACGAACGCAACAAGGCCCUCCUGCCAUUGCUCAAGAUGGAGUUGAUCCUGGAUGACGAGACGAAGAAGAUGAUGUUCUAUCCGUACUACACGGAUUUGGAGGAGCUUAUAAUCUCUGUUGUGCACUGCGUCGCUGAUAUGCUGCAGGAGGUCCCCAAAAUAACGUCGUGGACAAAUCGUGGUGCAGUUAAUUUGAGUACGAGAGUGCCGUCAUCAGUCAUCACUGCUGCCUGCUCAUAUUUGAAGGCCUCACUCCAUCGGAACUUUGAGGAACCUUCCCAAAAACUUGAAAAAUUAAUUGAGGAUUACAGUUACCUUGUUGAGGGAGGAGCAGAGAUUGAGAUUGACAACUUCGUUAAUGGAGAUCACAAUUUUGCGGAGUAUCAAGAGUUGUUUUGGAAAUACAAUAACAUUUUGAAUGAACUGAGGUCACUGAACUCAAUUGAACACUAUGACCUCAUCGAGCUGGACUGCACUGAUCUUAAAUUGGGCAUCAUACAGACGACCAAUGACCACAUAAAGAAGAUACUCACUAAAAUGGUUGAUGAUCUGAGAGUUCUCAAUAUUAGCAUCUGCGAAAAAUUCGACAACAUCGUGAAAGUUGGCCUUAAAGUUCCCGAUGAUUUGAAGGAAUUAACCGAAAUGCAGAAAUUUAUUGAGCACGUUCGAACUGUUGAAAUAUUUAAGCUUAACCAGAUGACAAAAGCAGCCUUUGAGCAGAUCAAAUUCCUUCUGGACCAUUAUUUAUUCAGCGAGGAAGACAUUGCAUUGAACAGCUUGGUUCCCGUCUGGCCUGCUAACAUCAAUCCAGUCUUCGAUGCCAACGACGAAAUAAUUGAGCAAGCUAGGCAGCGCUUCUUCAACUUGCUGAUGGAGAAGAAGGAGAAGCUGCUGUUUGACUUUGAGAAGUUGAAGGUACGUAUCGACACGUUCAAUGAUUACAGUGAUCUGACCAGGAUCGACGAGUACUUCAGAAUUGUCAAGUCCGCCAUGCUGCGGAUCAGUGAACAUUACAAGGAAAAGGAUCGAAUCAAUGAAGAGGAAGAAAUGUUCAACAUACAGUUGACUGAAUUCACCGAAAUUCAUGAAUUGGAUAAUCUGGCACAACCCUUCUAUAAACUUUUUAAAACAUUGAGAAAGUGGACAAAAGCUGAAAAAAAAUGGAUGGAUGGCAACUUUUCAAACCUGGUCACGGAAGUUAUUGAAGAAGAAUCAAACAACAUACCGAUGAUAGGCAUCUUGUGCAAUCCAGGACUGAAGUCCCGCCACUGGAAGUUGCUGUCGGAAAUUGUGGGCUACGAUAUUGAACCAGAUUCUGGCACAACUCUUAGGAAGAUGUUGAAACUUGACCUCGAUGAAUUCAUGGACAGGUUUGGAACCAUCAGCACAAGUGCAACUAAGGAGUAUAUGUUAGAGAAAGCUCUGCACAAGAUGAAGGAAGAGUGGGAGAACCUGCAGUUCAACAUGGCGACGUACCGGGACACUAAUGUCCCAAUCCUGGCUUCCUGUGACGAAAUUCAAACGCUGCUCGAUGAUCACAUUGUUAAGACUAUAACUAUGAAAGGUUCGGUGUUUGUGAAGCCAUUUGAAAGUGAGCUGAUAGAAUGGGAGCAAAAAAUUCACCUCGUGCAAGAUAUUCUCGAUGAAAGCAUGAAUGUGCAGUCACAGUGGUUGUAUCUGGAGCCGAUCUUUUCAUCGGAGGACAUCAUGCUGCAGAUGCCUGACGAAAGUAGGAAGUUUCUGACUGUCGACAAGAACUGGAAAGAUAUCAUGAAAUACGUUGCUAAGGAUACCAGGGUAUUGGUGGCCACAGAGAUGCCUGGAAUGUUGAGCAGGCUGCAAGAUUCAAACGCCAUGCUGGAAAAAAUUAACCAAGGUAUCAACUUGUACCUGGAGAAGAAGAGGCUGUACUUCCCAAGGUUUUUUUUCUUGUCCAACGAUGAAAUAUUGGAGAUCCUCUCUGAAACGAAAGAUCCCACUCGUGUUCAGCCUCAUCUGAAGAAAUGUUUCGAAGGUAUUGAGAGGUUGUUGUUUGAAGAAGAGGACUUGGAGAUAUUUGCCAUGUUCAGUAGUGAAGGAGAGCAAGUUGAUUUUGUUAGGAGUGUUUCGACUUCAGAAGCAAAAGGUUCUGUGGAAAAGUGGCUUCUACAAGUUCAAGAUGUCAUGCUGGAAUCAAUAGAGCAAGUCAUCAUAUACUCACACAGUGCAUACAAAACAGUUCCACGAAAUCAGUGGGUUAAGGACUGGCCGGGGCAGGUGGUCCUGUGCAUCUCGCAAAUUUAUUGGACGGCCGAAUCACACGACGCCAUCAACCUGCUCAAUGACCGACCGAGCAGUAUGAAGGAUUUUUUGGCGAACCAAGAUGCUCAGCUGCUAAGGAUAAUUGAUCUCGUAAGAGGCCUAUUAUCGAAACAGCAGAGAAUUACUCUGGAGUCACUUGUUGUCAUCGACGUUCACGCCAGAGACGUAAUAGAAGAUAUAAUUUCAAAGAAUGUAACAAAGGACACCGAUUUUCAUUGGGCUGCUCAGCUGAGGUACUACUACAAAGACCAGAAUGUAUUUGUUAACAUGGUCAACGCGGCCAUCAAAUACGCAAACGAAUACCUCGGAAAUACUUCACGUCUCGUCAUAACUCCACUGACGGACAGAUGUUACAGGACGUUGAUCGGAGCCUUCCACAUGAAUCUCAAUGGUGCUCCCGAAGGACCAGCUGGCACGGGCAAAACGGAAACAACAAAAGAUCUGGCAAAGGCCGUAGCAGUGCAAUGUCUAGUCUUCAAUUGUUCCGAUGGUCUUGAUUACAUUUCUAUGAGCAAGUUCUUCAAGGGACUCGCGUGUGCUGGUGCCUGGUCAUGUUUUGAUGAAUUCAACAGGAUCGAUCCAGAGGUCUUGUCCGUCAUCGCUCAGCAGAUCCUCUGCAUCAUAAGAGCAGUUCAGAUGGAAGCCAAAAAAUUUGUUUUUGAAGGCACAGAGUUGCAAUUGAAUUCCAUGUGUUACAUUUGCAUUACAAUGAAUCCUGGCUAUGCUGGUCGGUCAGAACUUCCCGACAAUCUUAAAGUCUUAUUUAGGCCGGUGGCCAUGAUGGUUCCAGACUAUGCAAUGAUAGCCGAGAUAAGUUUGUACAGUUACGGUUUCAAGGAGGCUCGAAAUCUUUCGGUGAAGAUCGUUACUCUGUACAGGCUCUGUUCAGAGCAACUGUCGUCUCAGUACCAUUAUGAUUAUGGUAUGAGGGCUGUUAAAACUGUUUUGCUGGCUGCCGGAAACAUCAAACUUAAAUAUCCAAACGAGGAUGAAAAGAUAUUGAUGCUGAGAUCGAUAGUUGAUGUGAAUUGCCCCAAGUUCCUGCAACAGGACAUCGUGCUCUUCAACGGCAUCAUCAGUGACAUCUUCCCAGGCAUCCAACUCACUCAGCCUGACUAUUCAGUCUUAAUGGCUGAGUUUGAAAGAGUUUGCACAAAAAAUAAUCUCCAGAUGGUUCCAUCCUUUGUGGAGAAGAUCAUUCAAACUUAUGAGAUGAUGAUCUUGAGACACGGUUUCAUGUUGGUGGGCAGUCCUUUUGGUGGCAAGUCAUGUGUUCUCAAAGUUUUAAGCGAGUCGAUGAGCAGCUUGCACGAAGCAGGCAGCCAGGAGUAUGAACGUGUGCACUUCACUGUUAUCAAUCCCAAAUCAAUAACAAUGGCUCAACUCUAUGGAAACUUCGAUCUCAUCUCUCACGAGUGGUCGGAUGGUGUAGUUGCCAACGUGUUUCGUGACUACAAAGUUUCAGCGAGCCCUGGUCGCAAAUGGGUCGUUUUUGAUGGGCCUGUCGAUGCAGUUUGGAUUGAAAACAUGAACACAGUGCUGGAUGACAACAAAAAAUUAUGUCUGACCAGUGGCGAAGUCAUUCAGAUGUCAUCUGUCAUGAGUGUCAUAUUUGAGACCCUUGACCUUUCACAGGCCUCACCUGCAACUGUGAGUCGAUGUGGCAUGAUAUAUUUGGAGCCAACAAUUCUUGGCUGGAGACCUCUGGUUAAGUCAUGGUUGUUUGAGCAGCAUACCCUUCUAUCAUCUGAUUACGCGCCAUACAUAACUGCCAUGUUGGAGUGGCUCGUUGAUCCUUCUUUAGAAUACGUCAGCAAGAAUUGCAAGAGUUACAUAGCUGUUGGAAGUAGUAACCAAGUAGUCUCUUUGGUUCGAAUUAUUUCAAUGCUCAUGAAGAAUGCAUGCAAUGACGUUGACGUGUCUGAAAAUAAAACUUUCAAACAAUGGCUCUGUGGUGCAAUAAUGUUUGCAAUACCAUGGUCCAUUGGAGGUCUGCUGGAUGCAGACGGUCGGGAAAAGUUUGACAAGUUUUACAGAGAUUUGCUGAGUGGCAACAAUUCCUUAUACCCACUACUUCCUGGCUUGGAUAAAAUAACAAACAUGUUUCCUGAGGAUCAGAUCUGCUACAAUUACGUGUUUGAGCAAAAAAGUCGAGGUAUAUGGAGGAAUUGGACGGAUUUGUUUGAGAGCAAUCCAGUUGCCCCCGGCAAGAAGCUUGAGGAGCUACUGGUGCCUACGAUGGAUACAGUCAGAUGUUCAUAUCUCCUUGACAUUUGUAUUACAAAUAGAAUGCCCAUAAUAUUCGUAGGACCGACUGGUACAGGCAAAUCUGUGUACGUCAGUCAGAAGUUAACGAGUGAUCUCUCUUCUCAACUCUAUCUUCCGAUCAUCAUCAACUUCUCCGCUCAAACGAGCGCCAACCAAUUACAGAACUUGGUGUUGUUGAAAAUGCAAAGAUUGCGAAGAGGACUAUACGGACCUCCCCCUGGCAAGCUUGCAGUCAUCUUCAUAGAUGAUCUCAACAUGCCCGCGCUGGAAGUGUAUGGAGCACAACCUCCGAUUGAACUACUCAGGCAAUAUCACGAUAUCAAACAUUGGCUAUACGUGUACGAUUUGAAAGAUACAACGAAAGUCUUCUUGAACGACCUGAUGUUUCUCGGCUGCAUGGGACCACCCGGUGGAGGUCGCAAUCCUCUCAACGUUCGAUUCACUCGUCACUUCAUCAACAUCUCCAUCAAUCCCUUCCAAGAAGAAACCAUGACGAGAAUAUUCUCCACACUCAUGAGUUUGUAUUUCAGGGGAAACAAUUAUUCAGUUGAGUUCUACAGUUUGGGCAACCAGCUAGUUGCUGCUACCAUGCAAGUGUACAAAACAGCUGUGAUAAACCUGUUACCGACUCCUGCCAAGUCUCAUUAUGUUUUCAACUUGAGAGAUUUCAGCAGGGUCAUCAAUGGCAUGUGCAUGAUUAAGAAGGAGAAAGUGGAAGACACGAGAGUGUUUGUCAGGUUGUGGGUGCACGAAGUUCUCCGCGUAUUUUCUGACAGGCUCAUAUCGGAUGACGACUCAUCGUGGUUGCUCAGUGAAAUAAAAGAGAUAUUGAGGGUUGUGUUCAAUGAAGGCAUUGAUUCUCUGUUCAGUCAUUUGAAGAGUGAUCAGAAGAAUGAAUUGCAGAGGGAGGAUCUAUCUUCUUUGAUAUUCGGCGACUACAUGGAUCCAGAUGCUCUGCUGGAAGAGAAAUGUUACGAGGAGGUGAUGGACAUCAACGUGAUGUACGCUGUGGCUGAGGAGGCGAUCAAGGAGUACAAUCAAAUCAAUAAGAAUCGAAUGAAUUUCGUUAUAUUCAGAUACGCGCUGGAGCAUCUGUCUCGCGUCUGCCGUGUGUUGAGGAUGCCACGUGGCAAUGCGUUGUUGGUGGGACUUGGAGGUUCAGGUAAGCAGUCACUGACUUGUCUUGCCGCCCACCUCUCCAGCAUGUUGCUUUUCAGGCCGAAAAUGACCAGCAAAUAUGGAAAGAAUGAAUGGAGGGAAGAUGUCAAACUUGUUAUGAAGAAUGCAGGAACUCUUGGCAAGAAAAUAGUUUUCUUGAUUACUGACUCUCAACUGAAGGAGGAAUCGUUCGUUGAAGACAUCGACAGCUUAUUAAAUUCUGGAGAAGUUCCUAACCUCUUCACACCUGAUGAGAAGGCUGAGGUCAUGGAGGCUGUUCGACCACUCGCUCAGAAGGCGAAGGAUACUGGAGAGAUGGAGCCGUUGGCAUUAUAUUCAUUUUACGUGAACAGAUGUCGCGAGAACAUGUCCAUUAUACUGACAGUCAGUCCCAUUGGCAAUGCCUUCAGGAACAGACUGAGGCAGUUCCCAUCGCUUAUAAACUGCUGCACUAUCGAUUGGUUUCACUCAUGGCCCGAAGACGCCUUGGAAAGGGUGGCCUACAAAUUUCUUGAGAACAUCAACAUGACCAACGAAAACAGAAAAUCUACGGUACACAUUUGCAAGUACUUCCAUACUUAUGCCGAAGAAAUGACUAUCAAAUUUUUAGCUUCAGAAGGCCGUCGUACGUACGUGACACCGACCUCUUAUCUGCAGCUGCUGCAACUAGUCAAGAAGUUGACAUCUAUGAAGGAAAAUGAAUUGAUGGGUUUCAGGAAGAGGUAUCUUGUUGGUCUGGAAAAAUUGGCAUUUGCUGCCUCUCAGGUAUCAGUGAUGCAGGAAGAGCUGGAAAAGUUGAAACCCGAACUCCAAAAGUCUGCAGAAGAGAAUAAUCAAAUGGUCAUAAUGAUUGAGAGGGAGUCGAGAGAGGUGGAGGGGAAGGGAGAGAAAGUGAAGUAUGAAGAAGCCAUUGCUAAUGAUCAGGCAGAAGAAUCGACAGCAUUGAAGAAUGAAUGUGAAGCAGACCUUGCAGAAGCCAUCCCAGCUCUUGAAUCAGCCCAAGCGGCUCUCGAUACUUUGAAGCCAGGUGACAUCGCCAUCGUCAAGUCCAUGAAGAACCCACCAGCUGGUGUCAAGCUCGUCAUGGCGGCUGUUUGCGUCAUGAAGAAUGUUCAGCCUGAUAGAGUGGCCGAUACUUCUGGUGGCGGUAAGAAGAUCCUAGAUUAUUGGGGACCUUCCAAGAAACUGCUGGGUGAUUUGAAUUUCCUGAAGGAUCUCAAAGAAUAUGACAAGGACAAUAUUCCUCCUACAGUGAUAGCAAAGCUUCAGGCAGAGUUUUUUCCAAACCCAGAAUUUGAUCCGGCUAAAGUAGCUAAGGCGUCGUCAGCAGCAGAAGGUCUGUGCAAAUGGAUAUUGGCAAUGGCAAUGUACGAUCGUGUCGCCAAAAUUGUGGCUCCCAAAAAAGCCAAGUUGGCAUUGGCUCAAGAUGCACUUCAAAAAACUCAAAAGCAACUCGCUGAAAAGACGGCUGAGUUGAACCAGUUAAAUAUGAAAUUGGCCAAAUUGAAAAAGAAUCUUCAGGUUUCAAUUGAAAGGAAGGAACAGUUACAAGCUCAGUAUGAUUUGUGUGUAGUGAAGCUAGCGAGGGCUGAAAAACUGAUCAGCGGACUUGGAGGAGAGAAGGAGAGAUGGAUGGAUGCAGCUAAUCUGUUGCAGGCUGCAAUUGAAAAUCUGCUAGGAGAUAUGAUCAUGUCCGCUGGCGUCAUCACCUACCUAGGUCCCUUCACCAUCCUCUUCAGACAGCAGUGCAUUCAAGAUUGGCUCAUAAUGGUUAAGAGUUUGCAGCUUCCCACCAUGCCUGGUGAGUACUUGCUGUCCCGCUCGUUGGGCAGGCCUGUUGAUAUCCAGAGCUGGAACAUUGCCGGACUACCUAAGGACAACUUCUCAAUUGAUAACGCCAUCAUGGUUUUCAAUUCAAAUAGAUGGCCUCUCAUGAUUGAUCCACAGAGUCAAGCAAAUAAAUGGAUUAAAAAUAUGGAAAAAGACAACCAACUCGCUCUCCUCAAACCAUUGAGCUCUGACUUUUCGAGAGUUCUUGAACUUUGUAUCUCAUUCGGUAAGCCUCUGCUGUUGGAGAACAUUGGAGAAGAGUUGGAUCCUUCUUUGGAGCCUGUUUUGCUCAAGUUAACCUUCGCACAAGCCGGCAUAGAAAUGAUGCAGCUGGGAGACAAGAUAAUAGACUACAAUGAGAACUUUCGAUUUUACAUAACAACGAAGCUACAGAACCCUCAUUACCUUCCCGAGGUCUCCAUCAAGGUCAACAUCUUGAACUUCAUGAUAACUCUCGAUGGAUUGGAGGAUCAGUUGUUGGGCAUUGUUGUCACGAAGGAGAGACCAGAGUUGGAAGAUGAGAGGCAGGCACUUAUACUGAUGAGUGCUAACAACAAAAAGAAGUUGAAAGAGAUUGAAGACACCAUACUGCUGACACUCUCUGAAGGUGAAGGUAACAUUCUGGAAGAUGAGGAUGCUAAUGAAAUUCUUGAAUCAUCCAAGAUCAUGGCUACUGAGAUUGCCAAAAAACAAAUGGUGGCUGAGGUGACUGAAUCAAAAAUCAACGAAGCCCGUAAAGGUUACAAGCCCAUUGCCCGCUACUCAUCAACACUCUUCUUUGCCGUCUGUGACAUCUCAAAGAUUGACCCAAUGUAUCAGUACUCCUUGGCUUGGUUCAUCAAUUUGUACCUUACCUCUAUUCAAGACAGUGUGAAGUCAAAAAUUCUUGAUAGAAGAUUGAGGAAUCUGUCUAAUCACUUCACCUACAACCUGUUUGCCAACGUCUGUCGGUCCCUCUUUGAACAACAUAAACUUGUAUUCUCUCUCUAUCUCACAGUCCAGAUCGAAAUGUCAAAAAAUGAGUUGACGUUGCAGGAGUUCACUUUCUUUCUGACUGGAGGAGUGGGUUUUGAAAACAAGCUGGAGAAGCCAGCAGCAGAGUCCUGGUUGUCUGAUAAAAGUUGGGAUGAACUCUGCAGACUGUCUGAUCUCAUGCCCGUCUUUAACAAUAUCACUAACCAUUUUAAAGAGAAUUUGAAAGAAUGGAAAAACUUUUGUAAUGAGAAGUUUCCUCAGCAGGUAAGCAUGCCUGAGUUUAGUUCAACCCCACUGACUGAAUUUCAAAAGAUGAUGGUCCUGAGAUGCCUGCGACCAGAUAAGAUCCGCAUAUCUGUGAUGAACUACGUUUCUGAAAAGAUGGGGAAAAGUUUUGUUGAGCCCCCGCCAUUUGAUUUGUCUAAAUCAUUUGCUGAUUCGAGUUGCGUCGUUCCUCUGAUCUUCAUCUUGUCACCAGGAGCUGAUCCAACGAUGGCUCUCCUGCAGUUUGCAUCUGAUAAGGGUUUCACCGGAGACAAACUGAUGUCCAUUUCAUUGGGACAGGGACAGGGCCCCAUUGCUUCGAAAAUGAUUUUCGAAGCAAAAGAGAAUGGUACCUGGGUUCUUCUACAGAAUUGUCACUUUGCUGUUUCAUGGAUGCCAAAGUUGGAGAAGAUCUGUGAAGAACUGACUUAUGGCAGCACCAAUGAACAUUUCAGACUCUGGUUGACCAGCUACCCUUCCAAUAAGUUUCCAGUAUCCGUACUUCAGAAUGGAGUGAAGAUGACCAACGAGCCGCCGACAGGCCUCAGACAGAAUCUUUUACAAUCCUACCUCAAUGACCCCAUCUCCAACCCGCUAUUUUUUAAUGGCUGUCCAGAGAAGAACCUUGUUUUUCACAAGUUGUUAUUCAGUUUGUGCUUCUUCCACGCUGUGGUGCAGGAGAGAAAGAAGUUUGGAGCACUCGGAUGGAACAUUCAAUAUGGAUUCAAUGAAUCUGACCUUAGAAUAUCUGCCAGUCAGUUGCAGAUGUUCAUAAACGAAUCAGAUGAGGUGUCAUACGAAGCCAUCACGUACGUAACUGGAGAGUGCAACUAUGGAGGACGAGUGACCGAUGGCUGGGAUCGCAGAUGCCUCAUGACCAUCCUCGCCAACUUUUAUAAUCCCAAGGUUGUUCAGGAUAGCAAGUAUUAUUUUUCACCCAGUGGCAUCUACUGCACUCCGCCAAUAAGGGGAGAUGAUGAUUACGUUGAUUGCAUUGAAUUCAUUAAGGAGUUACCAUCUGUACAGCAGCCUGAAGUUUUUGGCCUCCACGACAAUGUUGACAUUUCUAAAGAUCUUUUUGAAAACCGACAACUUUUUGAUUCUGUCCUUAUUGCACUUGGAAGCAAGGAGCAGGGAUCCGGCUGCAAGUUCGAUGAUUCGCUCUACAUCAUUGCCGCUGAUAUUCUUGACAAGCUUCCUAACGUUUUUGACCUGGAAAAAUCUUUAAAAAAGUAUCCUGUUAUGUAUGUGGAGUCUAUGAACACUGUUCUUGUUCAGGAGAUGGAGAGAUUCAACAGGUUGAUAGUUAUAAUCAAGACAACGUUGUUGCAGCUUCAGAAAGCUAUAAAAGGCUUGGAGGUUAUGUCAUCAGACCUUGAGGAGCUGGGCGCAAGUUUGCUGACAGGCAAGAUUCCUCUCCUCUGGGCACAAAGAUCCUAUCCUUCAUUAAAACCACUGGCCAGUUAUAUCAACGAUCUCAUUGAAAGAAUCAAUUUCUUUCAAACCUGGUAUAAUCACGGACCUCCCGAGAUAUUCUGGAUAUCUGGAUUCUACUUUACGCAAGCCUUCCUUACUGGCGUUAUGCAGAACUUUGCAAGAAAGUUUUCUGUUGCCAUUGAUCUAUUGUCGUUCGAUUUCAAAGUUACAGUUAGAAGAGCGUCGUUGAAGAGACCACCAGAUGGAGCUUAUGUAAGAGGACUUUACGUUGAUGGUGCCAGAUGGGAUGAUGGAGGUCACCUUGCUGAGCAGUUUCCAGAUGUGUUGUAUGAUAAAUUGCCAGUCAUUUGGCUUAUUCCAAAGCUCAAAUCUCACAUCGAUUACAGUGAAAAUAGAUACGUAUGUCCUGUAUACAAGACGAGCGAACGGAAAGGAGUGCUCAGUACGACAGGUCACUCCACAAAUUUUGUUCUAACAAUUCUGCUAGAGACUAAAGAACCAGUUGAUCAUUGGAUCAGAAGAGGUGUGGCUCUUUUAUGUCAGCUCGACGAUUAA